AGAGAGACAAGUAUGCGUGCGUGUGUUUUGUUGACUGAGCAAAACAGGCGGUAAAUGCCGUCUGUAUUAUGUUAAUCAUUUUGUAUUAAAUAUUUAAUCUUUUGAAUGCGCGUUGAACAAUCAACCCAACAAUACAUCCACAAACCAACCACAACCCACAAACAAGCCUGCUGCUUCUGCUUCUGCACUUUCUUGGUAAUUUAACACUCUUUCUUUCUCAAUCGAUUUCUCAAUCGUUUUUUCAUCUUUCAUUUUCCAAAAUUUCCAUACUUCAAUACAGUCCUAGUCUAAUCGGUACCCAUAGCACUGAGCCCAAAGCCUUAGCCUUUCUGGGUUUUUCUCACUUUUUCAUCUUUCAUCAAAGAAUUGGAGAUUCUUCUGCAAAUUCGAAAUUUUGGAUUGAAUUUGGGGAUAUGGGUAAAUUUGAAUUUGUCAAAAAAUAGCAUUUUUGGGGGUUUUUCCCGAGUGUUGUAUAUAGGGUGAAUAUUGAAUGUUUGUGAGGUGAAGUGGGUAUAGGGUGAAGUAUGAGUUCUUUGGAAGGUGAAUUAUGGAUAGUUGAUUCUUUGGUUUAGAUUCUUUGUGAUGGAGUUGGGUAAAGAAGGAGGUUUUGUGAAGGUUUGGAUUGGUUUUGGCCCUUUGGGGUGGUGAAUUUUGCUUGUGGAGGAGGGUUUUGUGUUUUGUGGGUGUUAGUAUAUUUGUUUCUAGUUCAACAUGGGUUUAAUAUGUACCAAGCCGUCGGCAGUCGAAGAUAGCCGGGAAAGCCCACCAAAAAGGACAUCUUCGAUUUCGAGCCGGCGCCACUCCGAGCUUAAGGUUUCGCGAUUCGGUUCUUCGAAAAGAGAGGAUCCAGUUUGGAUUAAAGAUAGAUUGGGUGGUGGUGGGGAUGUAAAAGUUAUGUUGGUGGAUAAGAAAGUCAAUGGUUCAAUGCGAUCAUAUGAUCAGACUAAGAGUAAGAAGAUAGACAGGGCUGAGGCUACUUUUCUUGAUCAUCUGGGUUCGGGAAGAAUUCCCAACGCUGCGGUGGCCGAGCAAACAGCGGCAGGAUGGCCAGGUUGGCUCGCUGCGGCAGCUCCUGAAGCUAUCAAUGGAUGGAUACCACGACGCGCUGACACGUUCGAGAAGUUAAAUAAAAUCGGCCAAGGAACUUAUAGUAGUGUUUACAAGGCUCGCGAUGUCACGAAUGAUAAAUUUGUUGCUUUGAAAAAAGUCAGGUUUGAUAAUCUCGAUUCUGAGAGUGUCAAGUUUAUGGCAAGGGAGAUCCUUUUCUUGCGCAGGCUUGAUCAUCCCAAUAUAAUAAAGUUGCAUGGAUUGAUCACAGCACGGUCAUCUAGCAGCUUGUACCUUGUUUUUGAGUAUAUGGAACAUGAUCUUACAGGGCUUGUAUCACGCCCAGGCACUAAGUUCUCCGAACCUCAGGUGAAAUGUUACAUGCAGCAACUCUUAAGUGGUCUUAAUCACUGUCAUAGCCAUGGUAUUUUGCAUCGUGACAUAAAGGGGUCAAAUCUUCUUCUUGACAACAAUGGCAUCUUGAAAAUUGCCGACUUUGGCUUGGCAAGCAAUUAUGAUCCUCGUCACAAUGUUCCAUUGACAAGCCGCGUUGUGACUCUUUGGUAUCGACCUCCAGAACUUUUACUUGGAGCCUCUAAAUAUGGUGUUGCUGUGGAUUUAUGGAGCACUGGUUGCAUACUAGGAGAAUUGUAUUCUGGAAAGCCUAUCCUGCCAGGAAAAACAGAGGUUGAACAGUUGCAUAAGAUUUUCAAGCUCUGUGGUUCACCAGCUCAGGAUUAUUGGCGUAAAUUGCACUUACGAAAUUCAACAAUGAUCAAGCCUCCUCAACCUUAUAGAAGAUGCGUGGCAGAGACUUUUAAGGACCUUCCUGCUUCAGCUCUGCAGCUUAUGGAAAUUUUACUUUCUCUUGACCCUGCUGAUCGAGGAACUGCUGCAAUUGCUCUCAAGAAUGAGUUCUUCACCACAAAGCCUUUUCCUUGUGAUCCUUCAAGUUUGCCCAAGUACCCACCCAGCAAAGAGAUUGAUGCCAAAUUGCGAGAAGAAGAAGCUAGAAGGCAAGGAGCCAGUGGAGGAAGGGGUCAGAAGGUAGACCUGGGCAGGAGAGCACAAGCUGUAGCAGUUACAGGAACAAAUACUAACUCCGAGUCCAUUGCGUCAUUGCAGAGAGGACAAGGCCAUUCCAACCCAAAGAUCCGAAGUGAAAUAUUCAACCCUCAUAGGGGGGAAACCCUUUCUGGUUUUCUGGUUGAUCCACCCAAACAUUUGCGAAGCGAUAAAGACGCUAGAAAAGAUUUCGCAGAGCAGCAUAAUAUGAGGGCUUCAGUUUCAGGACCACUAAUCCAUGAACCUGGACGGGCUAAGUCUGGAAGGGAACACAAUGAUUCUUUUUUGAGUUCAAAUAGAACCAACUUGUCGAAAUUAUCUGGUUUAGUAAUGGCUAGGACUGCGAUGUCCGACAACCAACAAGAAAAACCUGGUCCCUCAGGACCAGAAACAAUAAAGCCAGUAGGCAGAUUUCCGGGGUCAUUUGAUCAGGAGGAAUCCGCAAAAAAGCAGGAGUGGAUGCAUUACACACAGAGAGUUAGCAGUUCUCGUCAGAUGGAAGAUGAGACGGCCUCUAUUAAGGAACCAAAUAUGCAUGGUCGUGGGCGCAAGGGAAACAAAAUUUACAUGUCUGGUCCAUUAUUUGCAUCUUCAAACAAUGUGGAUCGGAUGCUUAAAGAACAUGACCGCCAGAUCCAAGAAUAUGCUCGGCGUGCUCGAUUUGAGAAGAGCAGACCUGGGACGCAAGUGACAGAAAAUCCAACCUUUUCUUCCAGACAUCGAGCUGGAUAAGCUAUGAAAUUACACAUUUCUAUUCAUGGUCUUCUUGGAGCUGGAUUCCUGGAACCCCAUGACAUCGGCAUACCACACAUACACAACACAGAGAGAGACGCUCUUCCCUGUACAGUAAAUACUUUCUUCAGUCCCAUACUAUAUUACCAGUUAGUAAAUGAAACAUCAGAUGGCCAAUUUUGAAGUGGAUUUUUCAUUAGAACAUACUCUAUGUAUACUUAACCAGUAUUCAAGUCCGAGUCCCUCUCGAAGCCAUGUUAGGAUGAAUCUAUUGUUGUCUGCACCAAAUUUAUUCGUCGUACAUACCGUUGAAAAAAAAAUCUUGCUAAUGUAAAUUAAUGUCUCCAUUUUA